AUGUCUAAACAUCAUCCCGAUUUGAUUAUGUGUAAGAAGCAACCAGGUAUUGCCAUUGGUCGUGUAUGUGAUAAAUGUGAUGGUAAAUGUGUGGUUUGCGAUUCAUAUGUAAAACCAACGACAUUGGUCAGAGUUUGCGAUGAGUGUAACUAUGGUUCUUUUCAAGGUAGAUGUGUCAUUUGUGGUGGUGUAGGAAUUUCAGAUGCAUACUACUGCAAGGAGUGUACGACACAGGAGAAAGAUAGAGACGGUUGUCCAAAGAUUGUCAACUUAGGUAGUUCUAAAACAGAUUUGUUCUAUGAAAGAAAGAAGUUUGGUUUUAAAAAGAGAUAA